AUGAAUAAAGUGGAACAUUUCGGCGAGGUCUUCGGGUCGUCACAAAACAGAAGCAGGAACCCUCUGCAAGUGAUCACAAAUAUGUUCAAGCGACGGAACGCGGAUCCAUUGGACGACGAGUAUGUCGAUGAGCUAGACUGUGCGGGACAACCACAACGACCUCUAUCCGCCAAUCCAUUCACGAGACCGCAGAUUUAUAACGGAGUCCGAUCUCCCACGCUCAGUUUAGGUAAUCGUUUGCGGCCCACGUCUCCGCUGAACAUUCCGAGCGGGAGGUACAGAACCACAUCAGCCGAAGACAUCCUCUCAAUAUCGCCGUCUCUUCGAAACGCGCGAAGUCUUCAGGAAGACAUGGAACUACUACGCCAAAGUCGACAAGACAAUCCAUACAUCCAACAGCAGAUCGAGAAAUUCUCCGUUCUCUCUGAAGGGCUCUCAAGGUUUGACGGGCAUUCCCUUCACCACCAGGAUCACGCCAUGCCGGACUCUCCGGCAACCGUUCCCGACGAUCAUCAACAGUUGCUCUUUUCCUCCAGUCCGAAGGACGAAGAUAUUUUGUCAAUUACGUCUCAGAUGGACAACCGCCAUGAGGACCUCCACCAACACUUGAUUCGCUCCCCUCCCCCAAUGUUUCCUCAGGACGUCGAACAAUUUGUUUUCGAAUUCUCAAGGACCACCUCGCCCCAGCACAUUCUCAGCAGUCCCAGUAGCAUUCGAACCCAUCGACAACAUGACUCUUUCGGGUCCUCAACCCCCGAACGCGGUCGACUAUCGAGAGCCGACGGAAUCCACUCUCAACGAUCACAAGAUUCCUCGAGAGGGACUCCGCCGCAAACAAGUUGGCCGGCCUCGAUUGCUGUGCAGAGUGGGGUGAAGCCAUUAGCUGAGAUGCCACCUUCAGAGAACGCAUCCGCUGUCCCUAUCAUGGGUGCGAUCAAACCCGCCUGGAAACGAUGUACAAGUCCACUGAGCAAAGACCCGGAACCAGAUCAGGAGUCGUUGCUGGUCAAAUCGUUCGAUUCGGCGUUCUGA